AUGGCAGGAAGCUCAACCAAGGACACACACAUGUUAAUUGAAACCUCUUCAGAUGGUCGCCAAUCAUCGAAAGACUAUGUGCCGCCCUUUGAUAGGCAUCCCAAGGUGCAUCCUCGAUGUUUUCUGGGUGCCGAGUGUACCGAAAAUCAUAGCAACAAAAGCAGGCCGACAAUCCCUUUGCGAAGCAUAGAAUUCUGCGUCGUUUGCCUUCGCCUCGUCUCGCAGAAACCAUUCAAGCCUGAGGGAUUUAUCACCAUCGUGCCAUUUGACGGUACACCACGCAAAGCAAUAAUCCUUCGACACAGCGAUUAUGAAAGAUGUUCACAAUUUGAGUGCUGCGAUGCAAGUUGGGAUGUAUUGAAUGCCGUGGUGAUAUGCCGCGGUUUAUGCUCAUUGCUUGCCCGCGAAAUCUUGGACAAAGAUCCCUACCUAUUGCUCUUGCUGGGAGAAUUGUUGAAACCAGCGGAUUUCCGUCGAAGUUCUGUCGAGAAGGCCUACUCGGAUUUGUUGAAACGUCUGACCAGGGUGGAAGUUGUUCAGCGCAGCCAAUUGGACAUUGAGGCCUCCCUCAAUGCGCUGCUGAAGUCGCUGCCGCUGGAGCUACACCAGGAUAUUCUUUCUUUGGCCUGGAAUUCCAAGGCCUGGCUCACCUAUGUCUAUGACAAUCAUAUCAAGCCCUUCUUGGAAGCCGAGCGGAACAGUCUGAAGUACAAAGAGCACAUGGCACUGGAACACCCACAUGACAUAUCACAGACUGUCGAGAACAUUACGCAAUCCGAAGUGAAAUUUCUCGGGAAAUCCUACGUUGCUAUCGAGCAUCAUGAGUAUGAUGACAUCGGAAGUGACGACGAAGGCGAAGACGAACACGGAAAAAAAUGGAAGGAAUGGAAGGGUUGGUAUACUGCUAAAGGGAAUGAGAAGCUUGUGAUCUCGUUGGACAACAUUGGAUGUCGCGCGAUUAAUGUCUUGGGCGAUCCAGAAACUCCGCGAGGGUUGAGAUAUCGCGUAUUCAAGAAAGACGAGAUGAUGAGUUUGUGGUGUAAAGGCGCAUUAAUUGGGGAUAUAGUCCCCCGGUACGCUCGUCACCGUGAUCUCCAAUGGGGAUUAGAUAAGAGCACUGGCGGAUACUUUCCCUGGUCGACGCCGGGAAUUUACGACGUUCAUGCGAGCUUCACUGGCCCACAAAGCUCGAGUCACAUAUACACCUUCCUAGUGACCACAUAUCCUGUCCCUGCAAAUCUCUCAGCAAUUACAGUUGGGCUCACGAGUUAUCGCAAGAUUAUUGAAGUCUUACAAUUCCACGACGAACAGGGCAAAGGCACGAAUAUGAAGGGGCUACUCAAUCUUCUCCCCUUGGGGAUGAGUUUGGACGAUUACUUGUGGAUACAUUUUCCGCUCUGGAAGGACGAGAAAAUCAAGCAGAUUCAUGUCAGACACAGACGUGGAAAUGAUUUCUUCCAUCUGAAGAAAGUGGACCCGCCCUUUAGGAUCGACGAAAACACUCUUAUCAUUGAAACAACCCAGGGCAGAUUUUGUCACCUGGGUCCUUAUAUACCUCUUGAGUGGCGAAAGUUAUCGGACAAUCUUCUUGACGACCUUCAUCUCAACCACGACGACGAUUUAAUGAACGAACACAACGAUGAUGAGGAUGACGACGAUGAGGAGGACGACGACGACAACGAUAACGGUGUCAGUGAUGACCAUGACGGCGAUGCCGAUGAUGAUGAUGAUAACGUGAUCGUUGCCGACCAUGAAAAUUGGCGCGAACGAGGUUUGAAAUCGUUUCGCAUGUCUUCUCUGCUACGUGGUGGCAACAAGUCGAAAACCAUCACACAUCUGCAUUUGACCGAGAGCAGAGAAGGAGAGCAGCCUGUCAUGUACGUGGCGUUGACAUUGGAUCGGGGAUCUAAACCUUUGGACUUCUACAAAGAUGACAAACAUGACAAAGACUCCGAGUUAGCAGUCCGUCAUAAACAAAUCAUCUGGCAAAAUACGUUUUCUCCACCACAGCCCUCACGUGAAUGGACCCGAGCCGAGCUAGAGGUCCUGAGUGAGGCUGACAUGGGGAAUGUCAGAUCAUAUCGCUGCCAGGACUUCCUUUACAUAUCUAAACCUCCUGCAGAACCCAAGAGCCUCUGGCAUUGCAUCGGCAUGAUGCUAGAGACAUCCAACGGCCCAAUUGUUCUUGGGCAGUGGAUACCGGACGACAUCGCCAAGCUCCAGGACGGGCGAUUGAAAAUACGCGGGCCUUUCUCCGCCGAGGGAGGCAUCCGGUUCUCCACCGAAACGGGUUCGGACCUCUACAAAGACCCUGGUCCGAUCUUUGUCAACAAAGCAGUCAUUGGGAGCGCGAGCAUACACGCAAACGCUGACACUAUUAUUUCAUGGUGGGCCAACCACGAUGCUAACGGACCGCGAAACAGGCUGCAAGUGAGGAACAAGUUUCAGGAUGUUGAGAUGACGGGUUAG